AUGACGACUAAAUUUCACAUAACCUUAAGACCUAUUUUAAUUUUAUCUAAAUCUAUUGGUUUAAUUGAUAUUACUUUUACAGUUGAACCAUCUGGGUUAUUGGUUCAUAAUAAAAACUCUGCGUUUCAUGCAGUUCUAGAAAUAACUCGAAUGAUUGUGUUGUUGAUAUGCACUUUUUUAUAUUUACAUCAAUUUGAUCCAGAAAUUCACAUACUUCAAAUUAUAAAUACUAUAAAAUUUUGGAUUAUCAUUAUCUCAGCCAGACUAUCAACAAAAUGGAUAAUCAAAUUCAUUAAUGGUAUUAUCGAGUUUGAUCGAAACAUUAAACAACUUGCAACAAAUUUACUGACCGCGAAGCGUUCGUGGAGUAAAAAACAAUGGAAUAUGAUUUUUAUAUCAUUAUUUUUAUACUUUAUUGGAUUUAAAUUCUUCUUUAUUUAUAUUAGGUUCCGAAGAACACAACAAAUUCUAUCGAUGUUACAUUAUGCAUUGUUCAGUGUACCAUAUGUUAUGGAUUAUGCGGUUACGAUCACUUCUUGUUUCUUUCUUCAAAACAUGUAUGUUAGAUUCCAAAAGUUAAACGAUAUUUGGGUAUGUCUUCCUGCCGACUUAUCGGUCGUUCCUGGCCAAUGGACACACGACAAAAUAGUGGAUGUGAUGGAAAACACGCGGCUGUUACACUCCGAACUGUGCGAGUUGUUAAAAGCGUUUACUCUUGGUUACGGCCCAAUGCUUUUGACUUUCUUCUCGUCCAGCUUUAUUAAUAUGCUUCUCUGUGUUUAUUUUAUUAUUAUCAACACUGAUGGAUCCAAUAAAUCAGCUCCGAUAAAUGGUUUCUGGUUACCACUGAUGGUUCACGUACAAAUUAUCACGUUUUUGCUGUCAGUUAUCGUUUUUGUUUCAUUCAUAAACGAUAAGCGAUUGAAGAUUAUAUCAUACCUACGGUUAUAUCAAAUUUCCAAUUUACACAUGGACAUUAAACGACAAAUCAAAAUGUUUAUGAAUCAAAUAUCAGCUUGCAAUUCGGACCAAAUUUCAGCAUUUGGAUUUUUUUAUAUCAAUUUGAAUCUUGUUACAUCUAUUCUUGUGUUAUUGAUUAGUGGAAUAAUUACUUUGAUACAGAUGAAGAAUCACCCAAUUGUAUUAAAAUUUAACAAUGACACUAUAACCUUCUUGAGAAAGUUAUAAAUUAAAA